AUGCAAAUAUUCGUCAAAACUCUUACUGGGAAGACUAUUACCCUUGAGGUUGAAUCUUCUGACACUAUUGACAAUGUCAAAGCCAAGAUCCAAGACAAGGAAGGCAUUCCUCCUGAUCAACAGCGAUUGAUCUUUGCCGGAAAGCAACUCGAGGAUGGUCGCACUCUUUCUGACUACAACAUUCAGAAGGAAUCUACUCUUCAUCUUGUUCUUCGUCUUCGUGGUGGAAUGCAGAUCUUUGUCAAGACUUUGACCGGAAAGACCAUCACCUUGGAGGUCGAGUCGUCUGAUACCAUUGACAAUGUGAAGGCAAAGAUCCAGGAUAAGGAGGGUAUCCCUCCUGACCAACAACGUCUUAUCUUUGCUGGAAAGCAGCUAGAAGAUGGCCGCACUCUUUCGGAUUAUAAUAUCCAAAAAGAAUCGACUCUUCAUCUUGUUCUCCGUCUUCGUGGUGGGAUGCAGAUCUUUGUGAAGACAUUGACCGGAAAGACGAUCACUCUUGAGGUCGAGUCUUCUGACACUAUCGACAAUGUCAAGGCAAAGAUUCAGGACAAAGAAGGCAUUCCUCCCGACCAACAGCGUCUGAUCUUUGCCGGAAAGCAGUUGGAGGAUGGUCGUACACUUUCUGACUAUAACAUUCAGAAAGAGUCUACCCUUCAUCUUGUCCUUCGUCUCCGUGGUGGCGACUUGUAA